GGUGGGGGAGCCUCUGGACGUCACUGUCCGUGGGGCCUGGAGCCUGUGGGGCUGGUGAGCUGUACAGCCUGGGGCAGGGUGCGAAGGCCUGGGUUCGUGGCCUGGCCGGCUGGCCAGGACUCAUUGAGAGGGGCCAGAUCAGGAAGGGCCUUUCCUGGUGGCUGGUGUGAGGGGGACAGGCGCCUACGGUCCGCCCCGUGCUGGGAGUGGCCCUACCCUGAGACAGUGGGGCGGGGGCUCGGUGGUCUACGCUCACCCCCAUCCCCUGAUCCUCAGCCCACGUCCCCGAUGGCGUGUGACCCAUGUGCGGGCCCCAUCACGGCCCGGCCAUGCCCCCUGGAGCUGUUUGGGGAAGGCCGUGCCUGAAUCCAGCCCCAGCCACAGGACGCUACCCAAGGGGGCCAAUGUGCGCACUGGCCUGGGGAGCUCCCACCUCCAGCUGCGAGAGGGGUGUCCAGGUCGGGGUCUGCACCCUGGGGGCUCUCCCCAGCAAUCCCCAUGGAAUCCCAGUCUGCUUGCCCCAUCCCAGGCCCAGGAAGCGAUGGGCCCCAUGAGACAGAAGCUUCCAGAACUGGCCACAAACCUGCUCCCUGAGUUGUCCACCCUCCACCCCUCCCAGCUCAUGCACAGGUCAGACUUUGACCCGGUGCGGGCUUCGGUGGUCGCCGUGGACGGGCGCCUAGGCGCUUUGGUUCGAGACAAUUAAAGACGUGGGAUGAGGACGCAGUGACAGGCCGCGGUUCUGCCAGGGGAUUCUGAAGACAGCCGCUUUGAGCCGUUGAAUUCAUGGUCGUGGGAGCCGUGCCCAUACUGAGAGAUGGCAGGCGUCCGACCUCCGAUCAUGAAUGGGCCCAUGCACCCCCGGCCCCUGGUGGCACUGCUGGACGGCCGGGACUGCACGGUGGAGAUGCCCAUCCUGAAGGACGUGGCCACGGUGGCCUUUUGUGACGCGCAGUCCACGCAGGAGAUCCAUGAGAAGGUCCUGAAUGAGGCCGUGGGUGCGCUGAUGUACCACACCAUCACGCUGACCAGGGAGGACCUGGAGAAGUUCAAGGCCCUGCGGAUAAUUGUGCGCAUUGGCAGCGGCUUUGACAACAUCGACAUCAAGUCGGCUGGGGACCUAGGCAUCGCCGUCUGCAACGUGCCGGCCGCGUCCGUGGAGGAGACUGCCGACUCCACCAUGUGCCACAUCCUCAACCUGUACCGUAGGACCACGUGGCUGCACCAGGCGCUGCGGGAGGGCACGCGCGUCCAGAGCGUCGAGCAGAUCCGGGAGGUGGCCUCCGGAGCCGCCAGGAUCCGCGGGGAGACCCUGGGCGUCAUCGGACUAGGGCGCGUGGGGCAGGCGGUGGCGCUGCGGGCUAAGGCCUUCGGCUUCAACGUGCUCUUCUACGACCCCUACCUGGCGGACGGCACGGAGCGGGCGCUGGGGCUGCAGCGGGUCAGCACGCUGCAGGACCUGCUCUUCCACAGCGACUGUGUGACCCUGCACUGCGGCCUCAACGAGCACAACCACCACCUCAUCAACGACUUCACAGUCAAGCAGAUGAGACAAGGGGCCUUCCUGGUGAACACAGCCCGGGGCGGCCUGGUGGACGAGAAGGCACUGGCCCAGGCCCUGAAGGAGGGGCGGAUCCGCGGCGCGGCCCUGGACGUGCAUGAGUCGGAGCCCUUCAGCUUUAGCCAGGGCCCCUUGAAGGACGCGCCCAACCUGAUCUGCACCCCGCAUGCGGCCUGGUACAGCGAGCAGGCCUCCAUCGAGAUGCGUGAGGAGGCGGCCAGGGAGAUCCGGAGAGCCAUCACAGGCCGGAUCCCCGACAGCCUGAAGAACUGCGUCAACAAGGACCACCUUGCAGCCGCCACCCACUGGGCCAGUGUGGACCCCGCCGUGGUGCACCCCGAGCUCAACGGGGCAGCCUACAGCAGGUACCCCCCAGGCGUGGUGGGCGUGGCGCCCAGCGGCAUCCCGGCCGCCGUGGAGGGCAUCGUCCCCAGCGCGAUGUCCCUGUCCCACGGCUUGCCCCCCGUCUCCCAUCCUCCCCAUGCCCCUUCUCCCGGCCAGACCGUCAAGCCCGAGGCGGAUAGAGACCAUGCCAGCGACCAGUUGUAGCCGGGGCGGAGCUCUGCGGCCGGGGUGCCGGCCGAGCCCUGGACGGGCGUGUGUGGCGCGCUGCCUGCGGUGGCCGGGUCUCCAGAGACGGGCCGGGCGCCAGGGCUGAGCUGGUGCCGCUGCCCGCGUCGACUGUAGUUGUCCCGUCCGGAGGGCCGGCCGCGCCCCGAGUCCUCCGCGUCCUCAUUCAGCAGCAGAAGUUAGUAGUUCACUCUCCCCGAAUGUCCUCGUCUGUGUACAGUCUCUAGAACAUCACAGGUGUGUUUGCUCAGCUGUCGGCAGGAGAGCCGGGGCGGCUGCGGCGCUGCUCACGGCCGUUCCUCCUGCGUGUGGAGCGCCCCAGACAGGCAGUUGGCAAACUUCUCAGGACAAUGAAUCCUUCCCGUUUUUCUUUUUACGCCACACAGUGCAUUGUUUUUUCUACCUGCUUGUCUUAUUUUUAGAAUAAUUUAGAAAAACAGAACCAAGGCUGUCUUUCCUAACUUUGGCAUGAACCCCUUGUUUCCAACGAAGACGGCAUCACGAGGCAGCCGGGUGGAGCGCGCGGCCUCUGUCUGGCCGCGGGUGCGGCGCCCGGCCCGUGGUGCCGUCCUGCUGAUGUGGUAGGCUAGCAAUAUUUUGGUUAAAAUCAUGUUUGUGACCGUAACCAUUUGUAUGAAUUAUUUUAAAGAAAUAAAAGUCCCAGAAAGAGCCGGCA